AUUUGUCACAGUCUUUAUAGUUUUUAGCUCCAAUCAAGAGUUACGUUUAGUUUUUGUGUGACGAAUAUCGCACACGAUUUUGUUUUUUUUGAAAAAAUAGUAGUAAAAAGAUAUUUAUUAAUAGUGGAUUUCGGACAAACAUCAACGGGCAGGACGAUGGACUUCGGCACGUUGCUAAACUACGCUAAGAGCAAUAACGAUGCAGCAACCACCAAAGACGAGGGCAAGUUCUACAAAACCAAGUAUGCACCCCCCAAGAAGGAGACCAAGGAAAGCAAACAGCUGUCCACAAAUAUCGCAAAGUUCCUGAAGAAGCGCGAAUUCGAGGAGGCGGAGCGCAAGCGUGAGCAGCGCCAGAAGCUAAACGAGCUGAUGGCCAUGCGGGAUGAAAAGUCCAAGAAUAAAAUACGCAAAAUGCUCAAGGUUACUAAGUCAGCGAACAAAUCGGUGCUGGAUAAUACCAAUGAGGGCGAUGCAUCCAAUGGUCAUGAAGCCGGCGAGGGGCAGGGCGAUGAUUACGGCUAUGUCUCCAACGAGGCUAACGCCUUCUAUGAGAAGUACAUACAGAAGGUUCGCGACGUCCAGGAGGACAAGGGCUUUGCGCCCAGUCGCCCGCAGUCAUUGCGUGACCUGUCCGGGACAAAGGAGAGAGUUAAAGCUGCCAUUACCAAGGAACGUGAAGAAGCCAAGUCCCAUACACGCCAGCGCAGCAGUACCGCCAGUGGGAGCAGUACCUCGGCCUCGACUUCCUCGCGGUCUUCCAGAGAUCCUCACGUAGCACGAUCCUACAGCACCAAAAGAACCGCGUAUGAUCCGGAAGCUGAAAAAAGGGAGGAAGAGCGCAAAAAGAAGCAAGAGGAGGAACAGCGCCGUGCCAAGAUUAAGCGUCCACAGCAGCCACCGCCAAUGGACUUCCAGGCGCUGCUACGUCUGGCUGAAAAGAAGCAGCACGAGCCGGUGAUGAUUGCCCAGCCGGAGAAAAAGAAAGAACCGGAGCGCCUGCUCUCCGCCAGGGAGAAGCGUGAGAUGGAGGAGCGUCAGCGCCAAAAGGUGCAGCGAGCAAUGCGUGAUAAGUUGAAGGAGUUGGAUGCGAAGGCAACGGAGGCCGCCGCCAAACCUCUUCCCAGUCGCAUGGAGCCCAACGGACGCAUACCUAAGCUGAACCAAGCCAAGCCAUCAGCCCAAACGAGUGAUACCACAGGGAAGUCCUCAUCGAGUGAUAAUUUUAAACGUCCCCCGGCGCCAGUUUCGGGGCAAUCCACCUCCAGCUCUUCCGUUGCCAAUUCAAACACUAAUCGUAUUCCCGCCACAAGUACAAAACCAGCCAGUAAGACUAGCAACACCACUCCGAUAAAGUCAUCUUCGAUUACCUCCAAGCCGGUAGCCGGAUCCACAGUAGCGGGGAAACCUGCCACCAGUUCAUCAAGCUCCAAGGAAGCGUCUGUAUCUCGUAAUCCCUAUGCCACGGUCAACAAGAAUGGGGCUGUGCGUGAGUUUCCACCACGCGAUCGUCCGUCAGGAGGCACUGCGCCUCCGGCCAAGACUCGCCAGAUUCCGCCGGCGGAUGUCCGGAAAUCGGGUGGCAGGCCAUUCCCGCCAGCGGAUGUCAAGAAUAUGAAGCGAUCUCUGGGCCCCAGGAACGACCAGCCCAGCAACAAGAAACGCUACCUCGACGACGAUGAUUCCGAGUACGACUCCGAGCUGGACGACUUUAUUGAUGAUGGAGACUGUGAAGAGGACAUAUCCUCGCAUAUUCGCGACAUAUUCGGCUACGAUAAGCGCCGCUACCGCGACAUAGACGACGACGAUCGCGGUAUGGAGUCCAGCUAUGCUCAGAUGCAGCGUGAGGAGUUUAUUAGUAAGAAAUUGGGAAUGCAAGAGGAUCUGGAGGAUAUGCGCAUGGAGGCGAUGCACAAGAAACGAAAAAUGGCCAAGAAGCGGACGAAGCGCAUUGAUGACGACGACGAAGAUUAGUCUUUCGUUCGUACCGUCAUGAUCGCAUGUAAAUCUCAAAAAAAUCCGAAAUCCCAUUACCUAAAUUACGAUCCGAGCUCUUCCCGUUAUCUUAUCAGUCGGAUGACGGGGCGAUGCCAAGGUCGAUCAAUGCUGAAUACAGGAGCUGUGCCUGUUGACUUUAAAAUUUGUGGAUAUUUUAUAUAGUUUUUCUGUGACCUUAUUAUCCUAGUUCAUAAGUCUGCCCCACACCCAACACCAUCCCCACCCCGUCGUGGGUUAUUUAUACAAAACAUAUAUAUGAUAUAUAUAUGUGAGAAAAUAUAGUGUCAGGCAAGCGGUGCGUGAGUGUGCCUUUACAGCGCAUCUGUAAACA